AUGACGUUGCAAGAUCGAUGUGUUGUGGUUGCUGGACAGGCGCCUGCCGCGAGGUUGGAGUUGACGCUCGGCCGCCGCCAAGCCUGGAGCUCCGCGAGAGCUGUCGUAACUUCAGAAAACAACUACGACAACGAUUCGGUCACCUUCUCGCCCCAAGGUCGUAUCUUCCAGGUCGAAUAUGCAUCAGAAGCGGUCAAGCAAGGUUCGGUCGUAGUGGGCCUUGUCAGCAAGACACAUGCCGUGCUUGCGGCUAUCAAGAGGAACGCCGAGGAGCUCUCAUCCUACCAGAAGAAGAUCAUUCCAAUUGACUCGCACUACGGUGUCGCCCUCGCCGGUCUUGCCUCUGACGCCCGUGUACUGUCCAACUUCAUGAAGCAGCAGUCGCUCGCCUCCCGCCUCACCUACGACCGUGCCAUCCCGCUUUCAGAGAUCACUUCCCGCAUUGCAGACCGCGCCCAGACCAACACUCAACAGUACGGACGAAGACCAUAUGGCGUUGGCUUGUUGAUUGCAGGUGUCGAUUCGAAAGGCCCCCACCUUUUCGAGUUCCAGCCUAGCGGUGUCACACAGGAGAUGAUUGCGUGCGGCAUUGGUGCGAGGAGUCAGAUGGCGAGGACAUACCUGGAGAGGCAUCUCGACGAGUUUGAGGGUGCCAGCAGGGAGGAGUUGAUCAAGCAUGCCUUGAGGGCACUGAAGGAAUCGCUGUCACAGGACAAGGAGCUGACAGUCGAUAACACCAGUGUCGGUGUUGGUGGCAUCAAGGAGGACUUCGCGCACUACGAGGGUCAAGAAGUCGCGGAAUGGCUGGACGCCACGUUCGAGAACCAGGGCGGCGACGAGGAGGGCGGGGACGCCAUGGAGACCGACUCAUGA